AUGUCCACGUGGAAAGCAAGGCUCGCCAAAAGACUGAAAUCUCCAUCUAGGAGGAUGCAUCCAUUUCCAUGCUCAGCUCUGCUGGCUUGUUUUGGGAACACAAGAGAGAACGCUCCCUUUGAUCAGCCCAGCGCAGCUGACGCUCGUUCCACCGUCUACUCUCAGCCUAUGGGCAAAGUGGGCCGACACCCAAGUGACCCGAGAGGGGAAGAAGGAACUCCAGAGAAAAGGCGAGAUUCCGGCACCCAUUCAGAGAGAAAUGGCAGUGCACGUGGGAAUUCCAGCAACCACGCUGCCACCCAGCCUGCUGAGACUCCUGAGGAUUUGCCUGGGUUCCUAGAUGGUAAAACGAACUGUGAAGAGGUUACUUUUCAGACUUCAAUCCCCCGACCAUCAAUUAUUGAGAUGCCAACGAAAGAAGAGGAAUUCCAAGAAGAACCUAAAUGCCUCGAGUUGGAACAGAAGAUGACAUCAGACAGCCCCUUCGAGAAUACUGACGUUAAGGACGCUUAUCUCAUUCCAAGAAACAUCAUGGCCGAGCCAGACUAUAUAGAAGAUGACAAUCCUGAACUAAUUAAGCCUCAGAAACUAGUCAAUCCUGUCAAAAUGUCCCGGAACCAUCAAGAUCUUCACAGAGAGCUUCUUAUGAAUCAAAAAAGGGGUCUUGCCCCUCAGAAUAAGCCAGAACUGCAGAAAGUGAUGGAAAAGCGAAAACGAGAUCAAGUAAUAAAGCAGAAGGAAGAAGAAGCACAAAAGAAGAAAUCUGACUUGGAAAUAGAACUAUUAAAACGGCAGCAGAAGUUGGAGCAGCUUGAACUUGAGAAGCAGAAAUUACAAGAGGAGCAAGAAAACGCCCCAGAGUUCGUGAAGGUCAAAGGCAAUCUCAGGAGAACAGGCCAAGAAGUAGCCCAAGCCCAGGAGUCCUAGGCCCAGGCCGCAGAGACCGCACGCCCGGCCCAUCACGCACGGAAGCUGCGUACAGGCGUCUCCUCAACACUUAAUCUCAGGGCCGGAGCCCCUGGAGAGAGUCCCAGCCAGCAGAGAAUUGUGACUUUAAAAAGGAUUUGGUUUUGGUUUUCCUACAAUCUGGGUGGAUAAACUACCUGUGACAGUGCAGUUCUGUUCGCCAAACGAAGGACAUUGACCAGCACUUGAGUUGGGGUAACGGACCUGUGUCCAAAGACUUAAUUUAAAAAAGCAGCAACAGCAGAGGAAGAGGACACUGGAAUAAAUUCUUGAGAGUUGCACUACUUGGUUUUUCUUCCAGUCCAAGUUUAGUGGGGCAGAGAGCCUUUUUUCUUUGAAAACCUAAAGAAAAUGUGUUUCAUUGUUCCUUUAGUUAUCUAUUAGGUCGCCCAGAAAUGCGUUCGAUGUGUUACACCCAAUGUUCGUAAAUUCUAUUUUGAGAACCCGCAGUUUUCUUGUUUAGUUUAUACUUUCACCCGUGUUAGAGUUAACACCCGGAGAAUGUUCAUGUGCGUGUUGAGCACAGCUGUUACCUUUGUUGGCACUAAGGUUCAGAAAUGGGGUGAGCAGGUAUAAAAAUACAUGAACAAAAAUACAUACAUGUCCAUCUUGAUCUCAUUUUAAUCCCUUUUGGCUCUGUGAUAUUAGUAGGCUCCACGGUGACAUUCCAGUCCAGAGAAGGCACAUCAUAUAAAUCCAUUCAUUGCUUUGACAACUGUUAGGGUUUUUGUUUUGUUUUGCUUUUCAAUUUCUUGCUGAGCUAGCCCUUUGAAAUGGAAUAAUCUCCCGAUCCUUUGGAGAAUAAAAACUGGUCCAUGUAACCCAACUUCGACGUCAAGAGUGGAGGGUCCACAUCUUUUGAUCUCUUCGAGAGCCGUUUGCAGAAAGCUCCCAUUGGGAACUGGGCAAGGAGGAGUUCUUUGGGUAUUUUAAUGGGAAACAAAUGUAGGUUGCUCUCAAGGGGGCCUUGUUGGAAGAUUUAUAGCAUUUGUACACUUUGAAUAUUAUUAGAAUCCAACUUAUGAAAAUUUCUGAUUAACGAUCACCUAUUUCUUUGCCUUUCUUUUCUUGUGAAGAAAGACUGUUUCACCACUCUCUUAGCGACGGUGAUGCUGUGGAUAAUGAUGACGUGGAUGACUACUGUACUGCAUCUCUCAGGAAAAAUCGAGGUGAAGGACAAGGCUGCUCAGUUUCCACACUCUAGCGAGCGUGCUCCUCCAAGUGAUGUCCGAGUUAGAAUAAUAGCAAAAUUCCUAUGCGAAAUCCAUUUCGUACUGCUGGUAUGGGCAGGGGUACCUUCUACUUGGGGCGAUCUGGAAGAAUUUGUGUGGAUUCAGUAUGUUCUCCAUAGAGACGAUUCAGCCAGUAAUUUCUACAUUGAAGACUCUUCUCAUGCUUCCUUGAAAGGCCCAUAGACAGCGAGAUCCCAAGCUUUUGAAUCCUUAAUAAACAUAGUAGAAAUUAGCUUUCUAUGGGAAUGCUUUAGUUUUCAGAGUUGACUGUUAGGAUCCUAGUCAAUCCUCAUGUGAACAAGAUAAAAGUAAAUGCAGUGAUAAUACACUGCUAGUUAGAGAACAUGUUGAUUACACCUGAAAUGGAUGAUUUCUCUCAUCAGCAAGUAUUAUUUGAAUAAAAUAUGAGAUGUUUACGAUAAAAUAUUGCUGUAUCGCAGUUUUCUUUUGAAGGAUGGAAUGGGAACUACUGUUUUCCAUCAUUCUUCCUUUUGAGAGAAGAAAGUCCAUUGACUGACCAUCCUGAAAGGACAUUUCUGGUUGCACAUUGACUAGAGUUCUUUCUUCGUGUAUAUGGACUAACAAUGUGAUUUGUAAAAUGAAGAUUCAGGACUGGCUUCUAGCCUUUAAUCUAACUGGAUGUUAGAUCUUUAUAGAUCCUGUGUCCUUGAAGCAAUUCUGCCACUUGACAAAAUUCUCAAGGGCCCUGACAGGCUCCUUUAGAAGGAUCAAUUCUGUUCCUAGAACUUACCUAGAAAUCAUUCUUCCCUGGGGAAAAAAAAAAAAUUAAAAAAGCAUUUCCCUCCCAAUCUCACUUCAAAUCUGCAAAAUUAUGUGUAGUUACUUUAGAAGGUCUGGCCAAAAGGAGACUUGUAAAUAGCGUAAGGUGGUGACUGAUGACUAAGCAGUGGAGUGCACAGGUGGAGAAGCUCUUUGAAGUUGUCAGAUCAGCUCAGCUCACUGGCUUGAGUUUAAAAAGGCAUCCGUCUCCCCCACACUGAAUACUGUACAGUCCACACCCCGAGGACUCAUAAAUAUCCAAGCAGUUUUGUGCUUUGAGCCACUUUUUGACAAAAAUGGCUCCAUUUUCCCACCCUAUGGUUUUCUUAAAAUAGUUGAGUGUUUUAUAGUCUCCUGCUAGUAAAGCAGUGUUGCUUUCUAAGCUAUAACAGUUGACUCUAUUCUUCUACUGAAAAAUCUUGACUUGUUUGGGUGUAUAUAAUAUAUAUAAAGGGAGCCUUAAUGGGUUUGUUUUCAUAAUUUAAUAUUUUUUGUAUUUGCUCUUGUAUAAUUGUUUUUAAUGGAAAGUAUUACAGAAUUGAGGGUGGAAUUCUUAGAACCAAAGUUAUUCUUAAUAAAAAUCACCACAUGCUUGGACCAUG